GUCCCUACAUUUCUCGAAACAUGGCCGACCGUUGGAGUCGAAGCAUUGGAUGUAAUUUGGUGCAAAUUUCAUUUUACUAAUUUCCUCGAACUGUAUUUAAAACGAUUUUUUAUUCGUAGCAUGACAGGCGUCGCAGCCAUGGGGUAGCACAUGUGUAAGUGUCCGACGUUUGACGGACAGACUGUUUCGAUCCUGCCAAGUCGGUUAUUUUAUUCGAAAAAUGUUCGGUUCGCCGUCCAACCACGGAGUCGGUCGCUCGGAGGAAUGUUCUGGCAGCAGCCGCAACCUGUUGGUUCACCGCAGUUCAUUAAGGAGGCGGGAGGUGGAAAGUAGCCUGUUAAGUUUAUCAAGCGAAGAGGACGAAGAGGUUCAGUUUGAUACCUCAGACACAGAUUGUAACGGCGAGCUGCUGAUGGCUGGAAGGCAUUACCCGUCCAUCCAGGAGUUCGCCUCGGCCAUCCCCAACCACCUCCUCCUGGGCUCCCUGCUGGAACACCUGUGCUGCGUCUACGAGAGCAACCCGGCGCGCUCCCGCAUGCUGUUCAAAGUCAUUGGCCAGCGUUUAGCCGCCAUGAACCUCCUCUCGCCGUUGGCGGUGAGCGACGAGUUCAGCACCAUCAGGCUCCAGCACAACCGUGCCUUCGCUGAGCUGCUGAACGCUGCCAGCUCCUCGCUGUAUCCGCAGGGCCAGCAAAUUCUCAGUUCAAACACAAAUAAUCCUUCUGUAAGACCAAAGGAGGGACUGUUUCUAGGACAGACAUCCAGGUACCUCAGCGAGUUUGAAGAAAUCUGCAGACUUGGGAAAGGAUCUUACGGGAAUGUUUUUAAGGUUAGAAAUAAGCUAGACGCACAGUUUUACGCGGUGAAGAAGAUUCUCAUCAAAAAAGUCUCAAAGGAAGACUGCAUGAAGGUUCUGCGAGAGGUGAAAGUGUUGUCCAGCCUGCAUCACGUAAACGUUGUGGGUUACCACACGGCGUGGAUGGAGCACGUUCAGCCGGCUCCAGAUUCCAGUCUACCUGCUCUCGAAUCUGCAGAACAGGACAGCUCUGACGACAGCCAGGAUCACAGCAGCUCCAGCUCCUCCAUAGUCUUUCAAAGCCUCAGUCAGCCUCUAGCCGAUCCCGAAGGACUCUCCUUAGAGACGCAGCCGGCGGGGGCUCUGGUCUCAACCCAAGAGGGACACGUCGUCUGUCCCAAGACGCUGCGCCGCAUCCCUGAGAACUACAUCCCCUGUGUGUUCCUGGGACAGGGAAGGGCCGUGAACGGCUCCAAAUGUCCCGCCAUGGGGUUUGACAGCUCAGCACUGCAGGAGCCGAGCAACAGGAACAGCCCCGAACUCAACAACAACCCCUGCAUGGAUAAGGAGUGUCGACAACAGAUGGACAGACGCCAAAGGAAGACAAAUAAAGAGGUGCAGUUCCACCUGAUGCUUUAUAUUCAGAUGCAGCUAUGCGAUCGUUCCUUGAAGGACUGGAUUUCCGAGAGGAACUCUUGGUCCAAAGAAGAAGACAUUUCAAGAGGUCACUAUGACUGUGUUGAUGCUGAACACACACUCAGCUUGUUGAGGCACGUCCUUGAAGGAGUGGAGUACAUCCACGCCAAAGGAAUCAUGCACAGAGACCUCAAGCCAAGGAACAUUUUUCUUCAAGGCCCAGACUGCCACGUUCGAAUCGGGGACUUCGGUUUGGCCUGUAGAGACAUUUUAGUGGACGGCUAUAAGAGAUCCAACUCUUCUGGCAGUGAUUCCAUUCAUACUUCAGGAGUUGGGACAUUUGUGUACGCUUCCCCAGAGCAACUAAAAGGAUCUCAUUAUGAUUCAAAAUCAGAUAUGUACAGUAUUGGAGUUAUAGCUCUGGAGCUCUUCCAGCCUUUUGGAACAGAGAUGGAGCGUGUCCGGACUCUAGGAGACCUGAGGGAAGGGAAGGUUCCUGACUCGUUCCAUCAGAGGUGGCCGGUUCUGUCAAAAUAUAUCAAAAAUCUGACGAGUAAAGAGCCCAGCGUUCGUCUCACGGCCACCCAACUCCUUCAGAGUGAACUCUUCAGCAGUAAAGACAUGGUAAUUCACGGUUUGCAGAGAAGAGUCGAGGAGCAGAGAGAGGAGAUCAUGCAGCUGAGGCUGCAGAUAAGCCGGCUUCAGAGUUCACGAGUCACUGUGACGUUUUCUGAACUGGACAAGACCUGAGCCUUUAAGGUUUCAAAGACUGUCACCAUUCGACUUGAUCCGAGCUGCAUGUGUGGAUGUUUUUAAGUCUUGUAUGCGGAAAUGGAGUUUAAUUAUUUCUUUCUUUUCAGCUGUUAAAUAAAACCAGUUUUGGAUACAU